ACCUCACAAAAGAAACGUCUCUUUGGGUCUCACUUUCUCGUUUGCACUAGAAGCUUUGAUUAUUUUUAACACAAGGCUAAAUAAGUAGCUAUAUUCGUUUGCCAUGGAUCAACCACCACUGUACCAGCCAGAGUUUGUCCCAAUGAAAGGAAAUAAGUACAUGCGUCUUGAAGACACUCACGGAGCGCCCAAGUUCCAACAUACCGUCGUCUUGGGACAGCCACAGCCCGUUGUACCUCAUCCCAGGGAUCACAUUAUCUGGUCACUUUGCAGCCUCGUGUAUGGCAACCCAUUCUGUCUCGGAAUGUUAGCGGUGUAUUUCUCUAUAAAGUCCAGGGACAGGAAGAUGGUUGGAGACUUGGAGGGAGCAAGAAAACACGGGAAGACUGCAUGCUGCUUUAAUACUGUGACCCUGACUUUGGUAAUCCUCGGGCUGCUCUUCUUCUUCAUCACCUAUGGUAUCAUCAUCUACCAAGUUACACACUGAGGAGAUCCAGUCUUUGCUUUUGU